AUGCGCUUCAGAACACAAUUGAAAGACAGCAGGACCUUCUCUAAGCUCACCGCGUCUCUCGCCACUCUGGGCAAGGUGUGCUGGAUGCGCCUGGAGUACGAGGUGGUCCGCUUCACCAUCAUUCCCGACCAAGGCACCCAAGUAUGGGCAUCAAUACCAGUCGGAACAAUCUUUGAUGAAACAACCUACGAAUUAGAAUCUAAUUCAGACGCCAUCAACGUCGAAGUCAACAUCAGCGUGCUGAACCGCGCAUUACGCUCAGCAUGGGGCUCAACACAAACCCAACUACGCCUGACAAAAAAGGACAGACUACCUCUGCUGGCACUAACGGUCCUCGCAAGCGAAUGGACAGAUGGCAAUAUGGCCCUCGCCACGGACAACGCACCCGGCGAUACAACCGGUGAUCGGGGGCCCCGCGAACGCCAAACAUGGAUCACGCAAGAAGUGCCCAUCAAGAUCCUACACGAGUCCGCAGUCGAAGGACUUCACGAACCUCACUGCCCAGAUCCAGAGGUUCACAUCAUCCUCCCAAACCUGGGCCAUUUGAAAAGUAUAUCUGAUCGAUUUACGAAAUUGGCCUCCACGAGCGCGAAGGGAAAUCAACCCGCGAUCGUGGCUGCCGAGACAUCUGAAGACAACGCCAAGUCUUUUCGGAGCUAA